UCCGCUCUUUAGUUCCCUCCCCAGACCCGGAAGUAAAGGCAUCUGGCGAAUAUUGGUACUGUCCAGUUUGAGGGACAGCUGUUUUCUAGACCUGGAGAAAUGCAAAGUCCUCUCUCUUUAAGACAAAUGAGCAUUCCAAAAGGUUUGGGAUAUCUGACCAUUAUGGCACCAAGAAACUUCUUGUGUAUGAGAGGUAACUUUCUCUUUGGUUCAAGAGGUUGGAUGAUCCGGUUUCCUGCAAAAAUCCUCUUUAAAUUAGUUUCGUUUAGGCUUUACAGCGUGAAGUGUGGUAAUACAGACAGUGAGUCUUCAGAGAAUGAAGAACUACUGAAUAACCUACUUAAAAUGGGAGUAGAUGUUGACAUGGCGAAAAAAAGACAGCCUGGAGUUUUUAAUAGGAUGGGAACUAAAGAGCAAGACCUGAAGAUGUUCCUUCUAUCCAAAGGAGCUAGCAAAGAAGUGAUUGCUAGCAUUAUAUCAAGAUACCCACGAGCCAUUACACGCACACCUGAAAGUCUUUCAGAACGGUGGGAUCUGUGGAGAAGAAUUAUGACAUCAGACCUUGAAAUUAUAAACAUCUUGGAACGUUCUCCUGAAUCUUUUUUUCGGUCCAGAAACAACCUAAACUUAGAAAAUAAUAUCAAGUUCCUCUACUCAGUUGGAUUGACCCAUAAAUGCCUUUGUCGAUUGUUGACCAAUGCCCCACGUACCUUCUCCAAUAGUCUAGAUCUGAAUAAACAGAUGAUUGAACUUUUGCAAGAAGUCUGUUUGUCACUGGGUCACAAUGAGCCCAGAGAUUUUGUUGGGAAGAUAAUUUUUAAAAACCCUUUCAUUUUAAUUCAGAGUACCAAACGGGUGAAAACUAACAUUGAGUUUUUACAGUCAACUUUCAACUUGAACAAUGAGCAGCUGCUCAUUCUGCUGUGUGGUCCAGGAGCUAAAAUUCUAGACCUUUCCAAUGACUAUGUCAGCAGAAACUACACAAAUAUCAAGGAGAAGCUGUUUUCUCUUGGGUGUACUGAAGAAGAGGUGCACAGGUUUAUCUUAAGCUAUCCAGAUGUGGUCUUCUUGGGAGAGAAAAAGUUUAAUGAUAAAAUAGACUGCCUCAUAGAGGAAAAAAUUAGCAUAUCACAAAUAAUUGAAAAUCCUCGGAUUUUGGAUUCAAGCAUAAGUACUUUAAAAAGUCGAAUCAAAGAAUUGGUAAAUGCUGGCUAUAAUUUCAGUACAUCAAACAUCACUCUUUUAUCUUGGAGUCAAAAAAGAUAUAAAGCUAAAUUGAAAAAGUUAAACACUGAACAGAACAUUGUUCUGGGGAAUUAAAAAGUAUCUUAUAAUGUAAUGAUACCUCAUUUUGAAUUUGGGCCUUUCAAAAAGGAGAGGUUUGGUUUCUUAACUGUAUAUACUGUAUAACCUGCAAAAAUUGCUGCUAAUGAUCCUUCGGAUAUUUUACUGUAAAGGUUUGUAAAAACUCAUGGUCAGGAUGCUCCAGUAUAGUUUUUCCAGUUAUCUUUUCUCUAGUUUGAAUUAAUACAACAUCCAAUUAUAUGAUACAGGCUGUGACUGUCCUAUGAAUGGUAGUUUCCUGAGUGCAGGACAGAACAAUAUGUGGAAAGAUAAAAAGUACAAAAUAAGCUUUUGGUUCCUAUUCAGAUUAAAAAAUUAACAGAGUCAUUUGGAUAGUUCUAUUUCCUCUCAGGGUUUUGAAUGGCAACUGAUUUCUCCUGUUCCCACAUAUCUAAUUGUGGCUCAUCUUCAAAAUACAAUGCCAGUAAAAAUCUGACAAACCAGAAAGGAGGGGUUUUUAUCUCAAGUUCUACAUUCUCCAAUUAAACCAUUAGUAUGUUCCCCCGACCCCCCCCCCCCCCCCAAUUUAGGCUCAGUUUACUAUGGGUAUAUCCUGAUUUUCUUUGAAGAAAAUGGCAACUAUGAUGGGCAGAAAAAUGGCCACCCAAAGAUGUCAGUGUCAUAAUUCCCAGAAUCUGAAUGUGUUAUGUUACACUGGAAAAGGACUUUGCAGAUGUAAUUAAGUUACGGACCUUAAGACAGGGAGAUUAUCCCAGAUUAUAUGUGUGGGCCCAAUGUAAUCAUAUGGGUCCUUCAAAAUGGAAGAGGGAUGUAAUAGAGGAGGUCAGAGUAAUAUGAUGUAAGGACUUGACCCUCUAUACUGGCUUUGAAGGAGGAAGGGACCAUGAGCCAAGGAAUGCAGGUGGCCUCAAAGAAAAUGGAAAAGGCAAGGAAACAUUCUCCCCUAGUGCUGCUAGAAAGGGACACAGCCCUGCUGGGACCUUAAAUUUAGCACACUGAGACAUGUGUCAAACUUCUGACAUUCAGAACUGUAAUAUAAUCAUUUUGUGUUUUUUU